AUGAUUCUAUUUUCAGCUAUUUCAAAAGGUUCUCUAAUUUUAUGUGAAUAUACUGAUACAAAUGAAGAUUUCUAGUAAUUAAUUUCUAAAUAGCUCAAAUUUAUUAAAAACAAGGAAGAGAAACAACAAUUUCAAAAUGUAUUAUAAUUCCUAAUUAUAUAUCUAGAAUGAAUACAUUUUGUAUCUCUUGCAAAAAAAUCAAUUUAAUUUUAUAUGUAUAAUGCAUUAACCAGAAAAUAAUUCAUCUGAAGAUUAAUAAACCUUUGCCUAUAAGUUCCUUAAUGAUGUUUCAGAUAAAUUUUAAUUAAUGACAUAGAGUAAAAUAUUAAUUUAACAUCAGCUCAAGGAAUAGAUAAGGGUUAAUUCACAAAAGUUAUCGCAGAAUUAAUGGGUUAAUACAAUUCAAAUCCUGAAUCCCCUAUUACCAAAUUGAAACAAUAACAAUAAAUUUAAGAGUAAAUAAAAAUAUUUAUAUUUAGAAAUUAAACUCAAUAAGAAAUCAAUACAAAAGGGAUUUCUCAGGAUGCUUAAGUUCAUAUAAAAAAAGACAAUUUAGAAUAUAGUGUGAAUACCUGUAAAUCACUUUUCUUUGUUAUUAAUUUAUUUCUUGCUGGAGUGCUAGUUGAAUUAUUUACUAAAUUUAAUAAAUAUUUAUGA